AUGAAGAUUAAAAGAAUUUGUUUAUUGCUAAUUUUGGUUGUGUUACCAGUAGUUAGAGGUUCCAUCAUGGACCUGCUAAGAAGAGUCUUCCAAUUGGGGAAGAAUGAUGUUGAGAGAGAGGAACUUAAAUACCCUGUGAUGUAUAGUGGAAUAAGGAGUCAACCCCAAGUUCCUGAUUACGUUCCGUUUCCAUGUAACGUUCGCUCUGGACGGUCACCUAUUGUGCCUGACAAUGUGCAUCGAUUACGACCAGGUGACAUAGACAUAGUCGGUGGCCUAGGUGAUUCACUAGUUGCCGGAAGUGGAGCUUUGGAAGAGUUUGCCAUUGGAACUUUCAUAGAAGCACGAGGUGUCAGCUGGUGUGUGGGUGGCCAAGGCGACUGGAGACGGUUUUUAACCGUUCCCAAUAUAUUAAAGGAAUUCAAUCCAAACUUAGUUGGUUAUUCGACGGGCACAGGCGAGUUUAUUUCGACGAAAGCGAAAUUGAACAUCGCUUUCCCUGUCGCGGCUACCGAGGACGCGCUGCAUCAAGCGCGCAUCCUUGUUCACAGAAUUAAAAGGAACCCUAGGAUCAAUGUGAGGCAACAAUGGAAGUUGAUUACGAUCUUCUUCGGCGCUAAUGAUAUUUGUUCGGCGCAGUGCUUCAGCCCUAUACAAUUUUCCCCACUCCGAUAUGCUCUUCAUUUACAAAGAGUCUUGGACUUCCUGAAAAUUGCUCUACCUCGAACCUUAGUCAAUCUCGUACCAGUUAUAGAUGUUACAGUUUCCAUUAGGAUACCAAGAAGUGCCAUGUGUAACAUUCUGCAUCCAUUGUACUGUGCUUGCAUGCACAGGGGCAAUAGACCAGACAUUGCAGCUUCUAAAAUGUCGCACUUAUAUCAACAAGCUGUAGAAACUUUAGUAUACUCUGGAAGGUACGACAACUCUCCAGACUUCACAGUAGUGUUGCAACCAUUUAUUAAAGUAUUCAACGCUCCAAAUGCUGAUCCAAGCAAAGCGCCGCCAUUAGAUCCUAGUUUGGUCACUUAUGACUGCUUUCACUUUAGUCAAAAGGGUCAUGCAUUGGGAGCAAAUUUAUUAUGGAAUAAUAUGUUGGAGCCGGUAGGAAACAAAACAGACCAAGGAGUACCGGAAAUCUUUGAGCGGAUUUUGUGUCCUAGUGAACAGACACCAUAUAUAUUUACAAAUGUGAAUUCCAAACAUUUUCGACUGACAGGCAGUCAAGACGGGACAAUGGACAGAUAACGAGCAGACGUUCUGAUACCGUUGCCUUCAGUCGUGAUAAUCACUGAUAUGGGUCGAACAAGACUCCAGUCAAAUGGAAAAUUUGAUGUUCAAGUGGCGUCUAAAAACCGAUAUACGCUGUACCAUUCUUAUCGUACCGCCGUGCCAGGUUCCGCAAAUGCGAGUUCUUAGAAACGUGAUGUUCUAAUAUUCGUUCUGUGAUCAACUGUUUUAUCGUGUUGGGGUCACCAGUGGACGACGUUCCAAAUUUUGUAUGAUUGAACAAUUAAUAGUUUGUCACAUU